AUGUAUCUUGAUAACUCAACUGAUUUCCAGACUGCUACAAAUACCUUCUCAUCCAACAAGGCAAAUCACUUCUACCAUAAUACAAAAUUGCUAUCCGCAAGCGAACCGUUCAUGCCGAUGGUAGAUGACACCGGAUCAGGCGUUAUCGACGACCAAUUUAAUAUCCUCCUCGCCAAGAACAAGCUCCCAAUCAACGUCCCGACCAUGUUCACCAAUGUCCGUGACGAAGCAAGCCUCUACAUGGCCAUUUUUGGCUCGACCCAGGGCCCACUCGCUACAUUGCUUAGCGUUAUAUUCGGCGAUACCCUCGCUCGGAAAAUAAUAUCCUCUGGGGCAUAUAAGGUCGAUGAGUCCGACCACGAUGCCGUCCUAAACGCUGCUUCCGAUGCAGUAUCGCACAGUCAGUGGACUUGCCCACAGGGCUAUCUUCUUGAUAAUUCUAUUUCCAUCUUUCCUGUCCUAUACGAAGUCCAAAUUGCAGAUGGUCAUGCAGAGACAUCGAAUAUGCCGGAUAUCUGUUACCCGAAUACUGCGUACAAUGCUUCCUGCCACACCUCGGAUGUCUUGCUCGCGUGGGGUACCCUGAAUACCAAGACGGAAGAUGUGUAUCCGUACUACGACGAUUGGGAUAUUUUGCACUCACAGCUUGUUCAUGAUGUAUUCGGUGCGUUUUUCCGCGAAAGGAACCCAAAUCCAGAUUUGGAGUUCUUGAAGAUCCGUGGUCCUGCGUAUGCAAGUACUCUCGAUAUAUUUGGUGGAGAGUGGGUUGGUUCGAACUCUUCGUUUGGGCGUUCUGAGAAGCGGUUUCUUAUUGAGCAGUAUACGGCUUCGACACGGAAUAUGACGCUUUUGGGAAUGCCGCCGUCUACUACGGCUAAUUUUGAGGACGAGGAGAUUUGUGCUGUGCUGCGCGAUUAUGGGUUUACUUUCCAGAGGGCGCGGCUGUCGGAUUAG